AUGGAUAAGGAAUAUUUUCGUUUCUAUAUUACAGUGCGUACUGCACUUCAUAUUGAACCAAUAGCUAUUCAUAAUGAAUUACAUACUGUCUUUGGUGAUGAAGCUCCUCCUCUCAGGACUGCUCAAAGAUGGUCAAAAUGGUUUCAUGACGGCCGAGAAGAAGUUGAAGAUGAAGAAAGACCUGGAAGACCUAUAACGGAGACAAUAUCUGAAAAUAUUAGACAAGUUCGCGAUCUUAUUAAUGAUAAUCCUUAUGUUACAGUUGACGAACUCGAAGCACAAAGUGGUCUAAGCCAUGGCACCGUCCAACGAAUUAUUUCUGAUCAUUUGCAGUUGAAAAAAGUUACUGUACUUUAUGUUCCCAAACAUCUGACGAACUUUCAAAAGGCUGAACGAGUACGAAUAUGUCAAGAAAACUUGUUAAAAUUUGAACAAGGUGUUCGGAGAUUAUGCGAUGUAGUAACAGAUGAUGAAUCAUGGUUUUAUCACAAGCAAAUCGGUCGAAAAUCGUCGAAUGCUGCUUGGAUAGCACGUUGA